ACCCGCCCUCUCUCUCCCCCUUUCAAUCUAAUCUACUCAUCUUUCUAUAUUCCUAUCUGUAUGAGCAGAGUUAGAGAGAGAGAGAGAGAGAGUCAGUGUGUGCUUGCUGGAAAAGUCCAGCUCUAGGUUUGGUUCCUUUGCUUUUAAAUUUAGCAAGAACUUAUAUAUAAUUCCUGAAAAAGCAAAGCUCCUUACCGAUUUUGAACUCUGUCUUUCUUGUCAUCAGCAGCAAAAUCUGCAGGACUCAUUUUUCUGUCCCCUUCAUCACAUUAUCUCGAACUGCCUGAAUGACAGCAAGAUAUUUCUGCUUCAUUAUCUGAUAAAAAGAAGACCCUUUAGUUUCAUUGGAGGAUAUCAUAGUUUGGGUAUAAGAUUGCUUAUAGGAGAAUUCUUUCUUUAAGCAACUGAAAUAGUAAAAGACUCAGUAGAAAGCAAGAUGGGUUGUAUAUGUGAUUUCUGUGGAGAACAGAGGUCCGUGGUGUAUUGCCGUUCGGAUGCUGCAUGUUUGUGUUUGUCAUGUGAUCGAAAUGUUCAUUCUGCUAAUGCCCUUUCAAGACGUCAUUCAAGGACCCUAGUAUGUGAGAGAUGCAAUUCACAACCUGCCACUAUAAGGUGUACUGAAGAGAGGAUUUCACUAUGUCAGAAUUGUGAUUGGUUGGGCCACAGUACUUCCGCAUCUUUGUCAACACAUAAGAGGCAAACAAUCAAUUCCUAUUCAGGAUGCCCUUCGGCUGCAGAACUUUCUUCAAUAUGGUCAUUUGUCUUAAACAUUCCAACUAUUGGUGAAUCUUCAUGUGAGCAAGAACUAGGUAUGAUGCGCAUUAAUGAGAACAGAAACAAGAGUGCUUGGGUUCCCCCUGAAAUUCAGAUAGGAUCUGGUUCAGCUCAAGUAAUUGAUAUACACAGCAUGGAUAAGUCUUGUGUUGGGCCAUCUUUGAUGCCCGAGUCAAUCUCAGAGCCUCAUGCUCUUGACCACCCGACUGGACCUGCCAAUGAAAGUCUAUCCAAGUUAUACUAUCCCGGUGCAAAAGGUUCUGGAGAAUAUGAAGAUGAUAACCUGUAUGGUGACUUCGACAUGGAUGAAGUGGAUCUAAAUCUUGAGAACUACGAAGAACUUUUUGGUGUGGCUCUUAGUCAUUCUGAAGAGCUUUUUGAAAAUGGUGGAAUUGAUAGUUUGUUUGGGGCAACAAAGGAAACGUCUGCUGGCAAUUCCAAUCAUCAGGCUUCUGCUGAGGGUUUGUCAGUUGGACUGGUCAACGCAGUGCGCCCAGCAUGCAGCAAUGCAGCUUCUGCAGAUUCCAUGAUAAGUACGAAAACUGAACCAAUUCUCUGCUUUACCGGAAAGCAAGCGCAAUCAAACCUUUCAUUUUCUGGUGUUACUGGAGAGAGCAGCGGUGCCGACUAUCAAGAUUGCGGCGCUUCUUCAAUGCUACUAACAGGGGAGCCUCCUUGGUGCCCUCCAUGCCCGGAGAAUUUCCUGAAAACUUCUAACCGCAGCGAUGCCGUCAUGCGUUACAAAGAAAAGAAGAAGAUGCGCAAGUUUGAAAAAAGGGUGAGGUAUGCCUCCCGCAAGGCAAGGGCCGAUGUUCGAAGGCGUGUGAAGGGCAGGUUUGUUAAAGCCAGUGAAGCCUAUGAUUACGAUCCUUUGACUCAAACGCGAAGCUGCUGAGUCUACAACUUUGAACUAAGUUUUAUAUAAGGAAAGAACCACAGUCAAUACUCAAGCGAAACCAACCUGAAAAUGGAUGAAAUCUGAUGCAUCAUAUUCUUUCUCCAUAAAAUGAAUUUUGCACGGGGGCCUAGAUACAUCACCAAGUUAAAGUACGAAACAAAAAGACAUCGAUCCAUCAAUACUUUUACGGUAUUAUGUUAUAAACUUGAGUCAAGCCAAGCCAGACUCAAGUAUCCUUCACUCUUCAUAAGGAUGUAUGCCUGUGAAUUGAGAUAUCAGCUCAUAGUUUCACUUACAGUAACCCAUUUCAGGCAAUGGGGUCUGAUUCAUUCUUCUUCUUCAGUUUUACUUGGCCGAUCUCGUGGCUUAAUUCCUUUGUAGGAACUCCAAAAUUCUUGUUAAGUCCUUAAUUGGCCUUAAUGACACUUGGCAUUAGUCAUAUUUUUAUGCAGAAAGUGGGUCCGCUUGACAGGUGUAGAUGAUCUACAAGGUUGUAGCUUGUAAUAUUUUGCACUUUUGGCCUUUGAUGAUUGAUGUAUAGCACACAAUCUAAGUGUUUGCUGUUGAGGUAUGAUUGCUCAACAGUUUAAGUUUAGACUUGUAAGGUCGAACAAAUUGUAAAUUGGACUGGGAUGUAUAGAAUGGGAUUUUUCUGUUUAUCAUCAUGUCUAUGAGCAGGGGAGAGAGUCUAUAGAUACAAAGCUUUAUUUGUAUCCCUUUGUUUUUGUUUUGCAAGUUCUAUGAAUGCUCCAUAUGGCCAUUAUUGUUU